UUGGACUUUCCUUCCCAAUAUGUCCAGGAUAUACCAAACAUCUGCAGAAUGGUGGAAAAGCGGAGAACACAGUGAAGACCUACCUGGUGAAUUUGUCCCAGUUCCUGGUCUACUUCAGAGACACCCCUCCCUCCUCGUCAAGGGUUCCAAAAAGAGAAGUGUUUGCCGUGAUUCGUGCUAUCUCAGAGUGCAUUGCAAGCCUGGGCCCAGGUGUAGUCAUGCGUCAGAUAAGUGUAAAGAAAAAUAAGUUGAGCAGAACCAUCUCCAAGGACCAACUUUGCCUCUGCAAAGUCCUGGCCAGGAGACGCAUCCCUGAACUUCUUGAUGAACUGUCUGAGGACCCCAACCCGGAGGCGCGCAGGAGAUUCUUCGGGUACCUCAGUGUUUAUCUAGCAAGCCUCUAUGGACACCGCACCGGUGUUCUAAAGAACAUGACUGUGGCGGAGGUUGACGAAGCCCAGCAGGAAGCCACAGUCGGGCAAGCGGGCUUUGUGAUCAAUGUGAAGGAACACAAAACCAACCGUGCGUUUGGCCCCGCACAGCUCUACUUAACUGUAGAGGAAUUCUCAUGGGUGGAGCAGUGGAUGAUCAUCAGACAGAAACUAAACCCACCCACAGACCUUCUUCUCUUCACCGAAAACUUCACAAAGAUCGAGAAACUCAUCGUGCCGAUGCAAGCCGCCUGGCUUGACAUGGGUUUUCCUGGGCGUCCCACAUUCACAGAUUUCCGAACAUCAAUAGCCACAUACGCAAGGAAUACUUUGUCACCAAGUGACCGGAUCAACAUUUCAAAGACCAUGUGUCAUGACACACGGACAGCAGACAAAUUCUACACGCUCCACCGCACCGCGUCAGAGCUGGCUCGGAUCCGUCAAGCCACCACGUACGACGGUACAUGACACCGCCGAACCUUCCCUCCUCUCCAUGUCAGAAUCAUCAGGUGAUGGUCUUGAGGAGGAAGCGGAGUGCGCGCCGCCCAGCCCGCCUGCCGGUGCUGCGCCGUCCUCACCAACAUCCAGUCAGGCCACUGGAUCAACAAGCCCUGAUCAAGCUUCUGGGAGCUACUACACUUCUGGCAGCGCCUCUUCUCAG